CAUGCAAUAUUUACAUGAAAAUAUAACCAAUAUUUUCAGCAAUAUUUUCAGUGGUACUUUUGGCAGUAAACAUUUUAAAUGAAUCUUCAGUUUUCUUUGAUAGGCAUUUUAGAAGUUGAGGUGAUGAAGAAUGAUGAUAAUUUUAUGGAUAUGCAACUUCUUUAUUCUGUGAAAAGCGACAUUUCGACUUAGAUUCUAAUGGCGUAGUCUGAUACAGUGAUACAGUGACAUGAUACAGUGAUACAGUGACAUGAUUCAUUUGUGAGAAGGUUUUCAGUUCUCCUACAAUAAAUAAGAAUGUAAUAUCAGCAUUGACACAGGAACAGAGCUGGAUGGAACAAUGGGAACAGCUGCUUCAGUUCACAGAGGAUCGUGAUUCUCCUUGCCUGACUCCAUGCUCAUGUUAUCACUGAUCGGCCAAAGAAACCCGAAGACUGACUACACAUAUGCUCACAGUGGAAGCCAUUAUCCGAAGUAUUUUAGUGAACCGGACAUAAUCCCCAACAUGUCCCGGCAGCGGAUCAGCAGCCAUGCCAGCGGCUAUGUGCUCUCCCAGAGCGGGAUGGAGACUCCGCCCCCCUACCAUCGACAGGAGAGGAGGGUCAGGAGAGAGAUCAUCAGGAGGAGAUGUCAGGAUACCGAGAAGAUGUCGCUUACAGUGAAGGAAGAAGUAGAUCAAGCUCCUAUUCAAGAGUGACCUACACAAGGGACGGAAUGGUGUUGAGAUCUGGAAGUCGGCUUUCGGGUGUGGAUUCCUAUCUGGAGCGCAACGACAACCACGCAAUAUCAUCAUCAACUUCACAAUCAUCAGCGCGGUCACUUGCUAGGUCUUUGAAUAGUGAUUUCAAAGUAACAGAGAGAUCAGAACAGCUGCAGCAGCAUUCCACACCUCUCAGUCACUUAUAUGAUAAAAACUCUAGAGAAUCAACAGAUGACACCUCCCUCAGCCUGUCUGGGAUAUACAGUCCCAGAUGGACAAAAACUGUUGUGACAACAGAGACAAUAGAAUACAUAGAUUCUGACGGGAGGAAAAGGGUGAGGCCAGCCAACUCAAGGCAAGAUGGGGGAGAGGAGGUGGACUCGGCCAACACUUCAGGGUGGUUUUCUGGAGUGAGGAACUUGAUUGGAGGAUCUCAAGCUGAGGAAACCAUUACAGAAAAGGAAAAGUUAAUUGAAUCUCAAAGAGAGGAACCAGAUGUGACUGACAAGGAUCUUGAUGAGCAGACAGGCAAAAGGGGUUGGUUUGGGAUGUUCCAGUCUAGGACAACAGAGACCACAACAGAGGAAGAAGAACUGAAGAGACAAGCUCUUGCUGAAUCUGAUUCUGAUCUUCAGGGAAACAAGGGCUGGUUUGGGAUGUUCCGGUCUUCAGAGACAGUUACAGAGGAAGAAGAAUCAAGGAAACAAGCUCCUGUGGAAUCUGAUUCUGAUCUUAAGGGACACAACAAGAAGGGGUGGUUUGGGAUGUUUCAGACGUCUGAGACAACAGAAGAUGAGGAGCUAAGGAAGCAAGCUCUUGCUGCUGAAUCAGAUGUUGAGGAAUCUGACUCUGAGGAACAUCCAAGUUUGAAGAACAGAUUCAGGAAUCUUCUAUCCAAGACCACUAAGGAAAAAUGGCAGACUGAAUCAGUGAAAGAGAGUGAUAUGGGUGAGGUAGGGGAUGAUGGAUCUAAGAGAGGGUGGUUUGGUUGGAGGAGAAGAACAGCCCUUUCUGAAAACACAGAAGUGGAAGAAUCAGAGCCACAUCAUCAGGGUUCAAACUCAGGCUGGUUUGGAUGGUUUGGGUCAAGGGUGGAAAAUACACAGGAUAAUCAAAAUGGAGAAGAUGGUGUUGGCCAGCACUCAGGAUGGUUUGGAUGGAAUAGGAUAUUAGAAUCGACCAGUACAACAGAAGUACAGGAUAAGACUGAGGACAACAGUGUUGCAGAUGAUGGCUCAGGAUCACGAUCAAGCUUGUUUGGUUGGAAAUCACAAUCAGCUACAACUGACCUUCAACAACCAGGAAAUGAUGAUGUUGACAGCAGUUCAAAAUCAAGACUCUUCUCAUGGCUGAGCAGAUCUGAUGAGGAAAAGCUAAAAGAAGACCAAACUGAGAAGGAAAGUGAUGAAAGUAAAAGGUCAGGCUGGUUUGGCUGGCUUCGUGGUUCAUCUGCAGAAGAGACAGACAUUCCUGAAGGCUCAAACAGAAAAGAUGGAUUGAGAAAAGCCAGGAGAAGAUCAAAGGGUCAAAGAGUUACAUUUAGUCUGGAUUCUGAAGAGGAUACCGAAGGUGAUGUUCCAGUCAAGCCCAAGAGGUCAUCCACCUCUACACUGACCAGUGGAAGCUGGUCAUCACGAAGCAGUGGAAGCGGUCGCUCCUCUCAACUGUCAGAUGGCAAAUCACGGACAUGGAUGCAGCUACUUUUAACAGCAAUAACCACAGUUUCAUCAUUUGUGUCAGGUUUGUUCAGUCCUGUCACAAACAGUUAUGCAUAUCGUCAAACAAAGAUCACAAUAUGGAGAUGGCUCCGGAUAGCAGACAUGUGGGUGGUAUCAAGGAGUAUUGGAGGUUGCUGCUGCCUCUGUCUACCUCUGUUGUUGUUACUGCCACUGCUAUUGGGAUAUAUGUACGGAGGGGAACUGCUUGAACAAGCCAAAUCAUCAAUCAAGUCUUUCAACCUGCUGCAAGUGAACAAUACGUAUACACGGCCGUUGCCUUAUGUGGAUCCGAGUACAAUUAACAUCAAAAUUCAGCAGUUUUUUGAGGAGCACAGACACAAAUAUGAGACGAACCAGCUGACGGCAGCUGAUGUGGAGAGGAUAGCACAGGGUCUGAUUGCUAAGGAACUGGAGGAGAUGAAGCUGGCUUUGCUGCAGAACAUCAACCAAGUAAAGGCUGACCAGGAGUCGUCACAAACUAACCAGCGAACAUCAUUUUCUGGUAUGGAUAAGAAACUUGGGGACUUCAUGAAGAAGUAUGAGUCUCUGGAGGCCGCCAUAGCUGCACUCCAGUCAUCAGGGAAUGUGAAGGUAGAUGGUCUGAAGCAGGACUAUGACGAGCAAAUUAGGCUCUUACAGCAGCAGAUCAAAGCUCUAGGGGAUGACUUCUCCAAACUCCACCUCUCACAUCUGGAACUCCUGGCCAGUGUACGCAACUGUUGUCGGAAUGACAGCUUUUAUGCUCUUGCUGUGAGGCAACAUGUGAAGGACAUCUUUGCACAGAUGAUGGCUGGAGGAGCAGGAGGGUCUGACAGUGAUGAUGGCUAUGGUGCGUUCCUUCAAUGGCUGCAGAGAAACUAUGCCAGGAAGGAAGAUAUGGAUAUGGAGCUGGCCAAAGUGUCAGAGGAUAUCACACAGAGGAUACUGGCCAUUACCAAGGAACAGGCCUCCAAUGUGUACAUCCAGUCUGGCACACAGCAAGGUCCUGCUGGUGCUAUCAGUGAAGAUUACAUUCGAUGGAUAGUUGAUGAUGCAUUGCUGAAGUUCAGUGCUGAUCAAGUUGGAAUGGCUGACUAUGCAUUGGAGUCAGCUGGUGGGAGUGUUGUCAGUGUCCGGUGCUCGGAGACCUACUACAGGAAGACUGCUCUUGUCAGUGUGUUUGGUAUCCCAUUGUGGUACACCACAAACUCUGCACGUACAGUUAUUCAGCCUGAUGUUCAUCCUGGUCAGUGUUGGGCGUUCAAGGGUGCAAGGGGCUUCUUGGUGAUACAGCUGGCAUUCCCCAUCAAACCUUCGGGUUUCACCCUGGAGCAUAUCCCCAAGGCUCUCUCUCCCACAGGCAACAUUGACAGUGCCCCAAGAGAUUUUGCUGUAUAUGGUUUGAGCAGUGAGACUGACAAAGUGGGUGUGUCCCUUGGAAACUACACCUACAGUGACAGUGGGAAGCCUAUUCAGUACUUUCCUCUUCAGGCUACCACAGGAGAGUUUUUCUCAUUUGUUGAACUGAAAAUACUUGGAAACCAUGGCAACCCAGAGUAUACAUGUUUAUACAGAUUUCGAGUCCAUGGAUUGCCAUACAAAGAAUCCUGAUUCACCAGGCAGUGUGUUCAAUGAUAUGCAAGUGCUAAGAGGGACAGAUCCACAUAUAAAUAGACACUGAAGUUUCCAUUAAAUAUACUGACCGAUGGAAGUGAGGCAAAAAAACACACCACAGAACAAGAUGGCUUCCUGUUUGUGAUGAACUAUUUUGACGUGCUAUAACAGUGUCAUGUAGUGAAAGAACAAUUCUGUCCAGUGAACUCAUUGACUCCGAGCCUAUAUUGAAAAAUGAUAUUUACCAACAGUGCAUUUAUUAUAUUGUCAAGGGUAACAAUUUUAGAACAUUUGUCCAUAUGUACAGUGUUUCUAUUUAAAUUAUAUGUUAUAAUGUAUUUUAGAAGGUGCUGGAUGUUGUGUAACAGCGUUUGUCAGCACUAACAUCAUCACAUAGUCAUCUGUAGUCACUAACUGCCUGGACCAACUUGUACAAAGCAAUUUUUGCACUACGACUAUUGAAAGCCUAUACUUAAGGAUUUGAGUUAUGAUCAUUGUAGCGCUAAGAUGGUUUUGUGUAAGUGGUCCCUGUAUUGUAUUGUAUUUGAUAUAUAUAUAAUAUUGAUGUGUACCAAGGCCUACAGUAGAAGCAAUACAUCAAAUCUUGUGCCAAUGCUGUGGUACAACACAGAUGCUUUACAUGCGUGAAAGGUUGUCUAGAGUUAUUUAUAAUAAGAAUGAAUACAGUUUUGAUUUUGUAGUGUACCUAUUGUCAAGCAUUACUUAACAUUUAUGUGCAAAAUAAGAAAGUUUAAUAAGAUUACUUCAGGACUAGUAUGAAAAAACAUUUCCCAAAAUUCUGUUUUUACAAAGAUUCUCUAAACUGUAGUGAGUAUGCCACCUUAAUAUAGCCUUCAGUGUAUUUUACAUUUAAGAUAUAUAUAACCCCAUAUAUCUUGACUAGAAUAAUUUCCCUACAGUGUCUUCAUUUUGAAAAACUUUCAAACCAUGUAGUCAGUACAGUGAGCUGAAAUUAAAUAAGUCACAUUCCUCACCAGUUGGGUAAGAGUAGAAACUUAUAUGGCAACACUUGAACAUGUUUCCAGUGUUUUCACUGAAGGUGAUCCAUGUUUCCACCUUUUAACAUUUAUCUUGUCCUUAAACAUAGCAAUGGCUAACUGUCAUAAUUAUAAUAAUUCAGUUUCAUCAUUUUCUUCUCAGAUGAGAAGACAUUUGAAUUUCCAAUGUACAUAAUUGUGCACUGUUAGGUUGUGUGGUAGAAUAUGUAAGAAUGUACUGCAAGAAUGAAAGUGUGUCAUUGUGAAAUGUGUUUCCAGUUUGAGUAAUAUUCUUACCAAUAUUUGAGGGUUAAAUCUCAUCAAACUGUAUUGGUGCUAUUGACUGGUUGUGAGGAAAAUGUAGUCAUGACAACAAAAUUGUAAUCACCUCAUUUUAUGUUACCAGUUAAAAGUAACAUAGGUGCCAUUAUUCUUCAAGAAUCUAUUCAGCGCCAAAGGUGCCCUAGGGCAAUGUUGCAUUAUAUACAAGACUGGGUACUUCCCUCUCAAUGGUAAUUUUUGUUUUUCAUAUUUAACUAGUCUAUAUAUGACAAACUGGAUCACAACCACCUCUCUGUAAUUGCCAUCUGAUCUGCCCGUGCCAUUUCAUGCAAAAAAUGAAACUUCAGAGUGGUAUCAGGGACACUGAUACCAGUAUUGUUCUUGCUUUUUUUAGAAAGAAUAUUCAAAACGUUAUAAUUUCAUCAUCAAUCAUGAAUUUGAUAAUCAUAACCUUGUAUGAAUGAGUUGAGUUUUGUGGAUAGAUAUUUGAUAUCUUCACCAUAUUGUAACAUCAAUAUUCAGAAAAGGCAGCAACCAGUGUGUAAAUACUUUUCCUGUAAAUACAUUAUAUUAGUUAGCUGUUCGCUGAUCGUUGUAUAUAUAUAAAUACGUCAGGUAGAUGCCAUUAGUUAUCUGCUUCAAACAGUAAAGUAGGCCUUUACUUUGUGAUCUCUUAACUUUAUUCAAUUAAUUUUAUAAAGUUUUAUUCAGAUUGUGAUUCAUUUAUGUGCUGUUUACUACUUCUUGUCUUUCUUUAUCACCUGAGUUGAGUCUUUAACUUUGAGUGGGCAUUAACUGAUGUAGCUAAUCUAUUUACAACUACCGGUACUUGGUAGGGAUACUGUCAGUAGUUCAAUGAUUUUCCAAGGGAAGAAAUAUCUUCUAAACUGCAUCAGUUGUUUUAGUUUUUGUUGUUGUUUGGACCUCACAAAGAAAGUAUCAUUCAUGAUGCAACCCUGUGUUGAUGUAGACACUUUUUAAUCAACCAUUGUAUUAUUCCAUAUAAAUACAAUGGGCAGCAUUUUUAGGACUAAUGUGUCUAUCCCAAAAAUGGCUCUAUCCAGUUAAAUUGAUAAAUUUGAAAGUUUUUAUCAAAAUAGGAUUUCAGUACAUCCAUUAUGAAUGUUUUAAUGGAAUAUCAAGCGAGUUGUUAUACUAUUUAUGCUGACUAUUUAUCACUAGCACAGUUAGGUGCCCUAUUUACUCUUACCUACAGAUAGGCCAAAACCAAUAUUUGACCGAUCUUUGAAAAGCAAUCUUGUUAUGUUAGUGUCAUUCAUAAAAAAGACAUGUUUUCUUAUGUGUAUGUCUGUUUUAUUUAUGUGACUUUUAGCUAUAUCAUUUAAUACACAAGGGCUAAGCCCUGCUUAGUUGUUAUCAUAUAUAUCCAUAUAUUGCUGUCAUUAUCGGUUGUUAGUUUGUUUAGAUUAUAUAUAAUUCCAUGGCUGUAACAGUUCAAUUCAACACAAUUGUUAUCACUAUGGCAAGUGUGGUUGACUUCUUGGCAACAGUUUUCUACAACAAUGAAAAGUGGCCCAGUGAUUCAUUUUCAUGCAUUUCAUGCUUUAAAAGCAUGUCCUGAAAUAUCAGCUGAUUUUGAUACGAAUUGAUACAGACUUAGUUUAUACACACAUCUGGAAUUGUAUGAUGAAACUGACAUUUUGAGAAAAUCAAAACAAUCAAAUGUCUGAACUUGGCUAUCUGUAUCAUUUUAUUCAUUUUGUUCAUUAUAUUGUUAUCAUAUGGACUAUUAUCAACUGAGCUUACUAGAGCAAACAUAAUUUUACUAGACUUGAGAUUUAGGACUUGUGACUGAAGUCACAGACUGAGACAGUAGAUAAGUGAUUGCUUCUGCAGGUUUAUGGUCAUCACAAGGUGACCCUGUAACCUUUGAUAUUCCAUCAAUACUCAUCAGAAACCCAUUUUUAUGUGUAUACAUUAUUUUUGUUACUACCAACUGCAUUUCAUCACUUCUUCAAAUGUAAUGCAGGAUUGAUAUAAAGAAGACAUUUCUAAUAGAAAACUUGUGUUUACCAAGAUGUCAGAAAGUUUGAUAGGGUCAUGCCAGGAAUGUUACUUGAAUACCAACAUGUUUAUCAGCUAAGAAAAGCACACGUUGCAGUUUUGAUACUGUACAAGGUAGAUGUCUAAAUAUAUUUGUGUUAUUUCCUUUUGCUAUUUGCUGUCGGUGAGAUCUGUGUGUUUAAAUGAAAUUGAUAAGUUAGAGUUAAUAUGUCAGAUAUUUGUACAGUCCAGGUAAGAAAAGUAAGUAGCUAGAGUUACAACACUUUUGAGUAGAUGUGAAAUUUCCACAUAGUAAGUGAGUUUGUCUAUUCUCUUGCCAUCUGUGUCAUUGCAAUAAAAUCAUUUCCAUCCUGAAAAA